AUGCCUCCUAAAAAAGCAACUGCUUCUAAAUGUGAAUCUUCACUACCAAAAACAGUGCCUAGAAAUGCUGCCAAGCCACCACAAAAAGUCAAUGUGGCGAAACCUACACAGGAGACGGCAGCGGCCGCAGUGGUUGAUAAGCCAGAACCUCCGAUUGUCAAGCAGGUCAAGAUGAAGCAAGUUAUUCCAAAAGAGAUGGAAAAAUUAGAGAACUUGAAAAAAUGGCCAAUUAUUAUGGAUGAAGUCGGAAAUUUGAAAACAUUCUAUCGUCUUAAUGAAACUGUGAUCGAUUUUACGACGCCUCUCACUGUGCAACGCGUAAAAGUUGCCCUUCAACAUGUCUUCUUUGGACUUUCGUUCAACCCAGAUGGGUCGAUUAAUGAUCAUCGUGAAUAUAGCAUUCCGAAUAAUGUCAAUCGAUUAGUAGCGAUCAUCAUGGAAGAAAACUCAAUAGAGAAAUGUGUCGAAGAAUUGCGAAAAGUAUGCGAUCAACUACAUCCAGAACUGUUCGAUGCAGUUUUUGUGAAAGCCGAUGUCAAAGAAUCGGGAAGAGAUAAUUUGGAUCGCCUCUUUGUCAUGACGAAAACGCCCGAUGAGAUACGUAAUGCGGACUACUAUCAAUUUGGGGCUAAGUGUCGAACUGAAGUACCUUUUAUUUGUGUGUGGAUCACUCAGCAAGCUGAAAUACCACCAGCCUAUGAUAAUCUUUUUGGGUUGAGAUUCAAAUUGAAUUACGAUUGA